UCAUAUAGAAUCAUUUUUCAUUUUCUACGUGUGUGUAAACGUGUUUCCAAUGGAAAGAAAAUUGCUUUUUGGAGAAACGUUUCUUCCAUUAAUGGAGUCUGAUGAAGCUUUCACCAGCAGCAUGUACGAAAAUCUCAGCUAUCAAUCUCUGCUAAGUUUAAGCCUCAACAACAACAACAACUAUAAUAACGAAGUAAAACCCUUAGUUUCACCUUUUCAACCAUCUCUAACCAACAAUAUAAUACCCUAUGCUUCUCCUUCUUCUCAAAUCCAACAAACUCUUGAUUUUCCUGAUACUCAAAAGCUGAAAUUCCCAAAACUUGAACCAGUAACUGAUGAUACUACUACUAAUACUAAUAAUAAUAAUCUCCAGUUAUAUGAUCCAUACAACAACAAUGAGAUUUUGCCUUAUUUGAAUGAGCCGUUACAUUACUUCUCCAACACUACUCUUCCAGAUCUCCGUUGCUUCGAACAUCCAAACUAUUUCGAUUUCCAUUACGGUGCCACGUCAUCACCGGUGCCAAAAAACACAUCAUCUGCAAGUACUCGAUUAAGAAAGAAGCUAAGCGAGAAAACACGUUGUUUAGAGAAGCUAUUACCAUGGGAUACAAAAAUGGAUACAGCGACAAUGUUAGAAGAAGCGUAUAAAUACGUGAAAUUUCUACAGGCGCAAGUUAGCGUUUUACAAAGCAUGCCUACGUUAGCAGAAGAAGGAAGUGCUUCGCCGUCUAGCUCUGAGGACAGAAAUGGAAAAACAAUUAGUGUGCUGAAUAGGCAACAGCUUUUACAGGUAGUACUGAAUUCACCUGUUGCUCAAACGUAUUUGUAUUCAAAAGGCUGUUGUGUUUACUCUGUUGAACAGAUUGUUCAGUACAGGAAAAUUGCUCAGAGAAAUAAUGCUUUGUAUCGUCAAGCUUUGUUUUAUUCUGGUAUGCUCUCUUCAACCAAUUAAAUCCUCAGGUGUUCAUCUCUGCUGUUUUUGAAAGAAAGUGAUAGACUAUAGGAGUAAAGGGACAAAUGUGUAGAUGUGGGAGAAGUUUGGGGACUGAAUUGUAUUUUGGAAUCAGUUGUUAUGAGAAGAAAGUAGUAGUGUUAGUGUUAGGAUUAGUAGAUGAUCAGUAGUAGUAGUAAUAGGUUUAAGUCUGUUUUGUUUUGCUAAUUAUUACAUGUAAUUGCACGUGAUAUGAAUCAUCUUUUGGUAA